AUAGAGCUAUUUUGAUUUUGGUUAUGUUAUGUACUUAAUAAACAGGGUAAAACUUGCGAAAAAUACAAACUAUUCGUGAAUGUUAUCUUAAUUUGUACAAUGUCGGGUGGAAACGCUGCUCCCAUCACUGCUACUGACAGCUUAUCUCAAGCGGUGAAAGCUAAUAUCAUACCAAACCAAGAGUACUUAUUACAGGGUUCGGUAUUGGAUUCAGCUGUUGAGGUGCUUCUACACCGUCUCCGUGGCUUGUGUGACAACGUUGACGCUGGGCCAGAAACCUUCGAUGACCAGGAGGUUUGCUUUAGUUUGCGGGAUCCAAAUCAACAGACAACACCUCUGAUGCUUCGUGUUCGCAAAGCUUUAGACGCACGUGAUAUGCCGUUUCAACUUCGAUACAUUGGGCAGCCAGACCUAGGUGACAAGAGCAGACCAACGGUGGUUCGGUCCAGUUUAGACAUUGCUUGCAGUGGGAUGCUGAUUGAAUUUCUUAAUGAACUUGGAUGUCGUAUCGAGUUUGAAUAUAGUAUUAAAGGGUACAUGUUUCGAAAAGGCCGUAUGAAAAUCACAGUAGCUAAAGUGUUCAAGAUCUCCCAGACAUCAAUGCCACCAGAACCUAUUUCACAGAGCUAUUUAGUAGAACUUUCUGUACUUGCACCUCAUGGUCAAGAUGCGAUCGCAGAGGAUAUGCGAAUGUUCGCAGAGCAGCUACGGCCGCUGGUACAGCUCGACAAGAUUGAUUAUAAACGGCUCGGGCACAUGCCCGUCGCCUAGCCCAUGUUUCUUUCCUAGGCUGGCUUGAGAGGAUAAGAACGUGAUAUGGCCCUUUUACACUAAGUGAAAGUCGAGAUCCGUGUCAAGCAAUGUAAUGGUUCAUAAAGAUGAAGACGACACUGAAUAACAACUUAUUUAUAUAUUUGAAUAAAUAUGAAAUAAUUUUCUGCUAUUUAAUUUCAAUA